AAGACCAAGUCAAAAUGAAGAAGCCUCUUCAUACAAAGUCCACAUGCAACAACAUUCGCUGACAUUAAUUCAAUCUAGAAUCCCAAAAUAAAUUCCACCGUCUAUUUGAGCACAACGUUUAUGACUACAACUUCCCUAUCAUUAAAUCGGCUUCAUAGUUCAUACUACACUACAAAUCGUCAUCUGAUUUCAGUUUUAGACCAAACCCACUUGAAAUCUUUGCUGGUCUUGAUUGAGUAACAGUCCAACCCUCUUUCCCAGUACACUUGUCUUUUCGAUUCAUGUUGUUCUUCAUGUUUUUAAGGUGGGUUCGUCUCAAAUUCAUCUGGGUUGUGAAGAUUGGAAGCGAAUAGUUGUGGAAUGGCUACUGUAUCAUCUUUGACCAAGGGUGUGAGAAGAACAGGGGCAAGAAAUAAGUCCCAAUUGGAGUGGCCUUCACCUGAUUCAAACACAAAUUUCAGUUCCAGAAAAGGGAGUAAUCAGGGAGAUAGUGAUUCUGACAUCACUUUAUUCACUUCAUCCAUGCAUGGUUCGACGUCCACCGGUGCAACAUCUUCGAUUGAUCGAUAUAGCAGUGGAAUGGAAGGAAAAACUCAACGAAAGAAAACACUGGAUAAGUCUAGUUCGAAGAAACGUUGGAGUUUUAGGUUUUCCAAGAGGAGCCCACAGCCGCCGUCGUUGAGUUUACCAGAUGAUUCUUCAGCCACCACACGCCAUCCUUCUCCGGUUAAAGUAACAGAUGAACCACCUGUGCGGAAACCAAAACCUGUGUUGAAAAUCACGAGGUCCGGUAGUCUGAGAUCCCUCAAAAUUGUAAGGAGCAAGAGCAAAUCAUCUUCUGAAUCGAAGGGUCCGACAGUAGAAGAUUUGCGUUCGAACAGAGCUACAUUUUCUUCGAUUCUAAAGGAUUCAAAGUUUGCCGAGCAAGUCGAGCCUCAGGUAGGCGUCAAAGAAUAUGAAGAAAUUCUUCCGGUGGCGAAGCUAUGUCCGUACCAACACUGUUCUCUUCAUGGCCAUCAUCAUCACCAUGAGCCACCGGGCAAACGCUUCUCUUUCCUAAAACGCCGUUCUUCAAAGGACCAAAAGGGCGUAAACCCUAAAACUCCCACCACCGUAGAUAAGCCGUCUGGUAAGAAAACAGAAGUUAAGGUAACCAAAAAGGGUUCUAAUUUAGGCAGCAAAGGCAAGAAGAUCGAAAAGCCUAUUGGAAAGGAUGCUGAUUUUUCUAUUGAGUUCUACGCAAAAACAAGAACAGAGCACGUUCCAGAAUCAAGCUCCGGUCUUGAUGAUGCAGAUCUGGCUAAUAUGAUGUUCGGUGUCAAUGGCAAUAAUCAGAAGGAAGUUCAAAAUCUUCGGAUAGAUGAUCAAGAGAGCUCGAUUGUCAACAUAGACAAGAAACAGGGUUCUAUUAAUCGCAAUCAAAUGAACAUGUGGCGAUUGAUUCAACGGCGUAUGGUGUCUGAUUCUGAUCUUGUAGCUGAAUCUGGGUGUGAACUGGAGCAACAAGUAGACAAAGAACAACGAUCAUGUAAUGCAGCUGAUGCUAUGAAUCAAGAGUAUGAAAACAGAAAGAUGUUUGUCAUCAAGAUUGUACGAGAAGCGAUUCAGAAGGUCCUUCUUCCAGAAGUCCCUGAUCAAUCGAUUACAAAUAUUUCAGUAAGAGAUCAUCAAAAAGAGCCAAAUCCAGGAGCAGAUGAACUGAUGUCUGGUACCCAAAAGGGAAAACCAGAUGGGUGGAGUCACAUAAAGAAAGUCACACUUCUGAGAAGGUUUAUAACCGAAUUAGAAAAGGUGAAAAGAUUCAAUCCCAAUCCAUUAGUGCCCAAAUCAGCAGCCGAAACAGUGUCUUUAAGGCCUCAAACAGUCGGUGAUAAGAAAAUUUCCGAUGAUUGGAUGCUUGAUUAUGCUCUUCAGCAGGCUGUUAGCGAACUAUCUCCAUCUCAAAAAAGAAAGGUUGCUUUGAUUGUUAAAGGAUUCGAAUCAGUGGCUCCAAAACUGGAUGAUUCAAAAGACUCGAGCUUGACUGAUGAAAAUGGUGAUUAUAAAGACUCUGAUGAACAGGGUGUUACGGAAUUUGAUUCUGCAAUGAAAUCAGAGAAAGAGAAAUACAUCAACAUGUGGCAUAUGAUAUACCAACACGUUGUUACUGAUAUCACUAGCAAAGUAGGAUCCGAGCUACUUCAUGGUGGUGAUGAUGAUGAUGAUGAUGAGCAAGAAGUUAAAGACCAGAGUAUAAACAAUGAAUUCAGCCCGAGGGUUGCUGAUAUGCUUAUAAGACAAUCAGUCAACGAAAUCCUUCUUCCAGAAGUUGAAGAAGAUGCUUCACUAUCAUUAGAAAGGAAAGACGUUGACGUUGACAUUGACAUUGACAUUGAUGGAGGUGAAUCACAAACGCAGCAAAUAAUACCGAAGAACUGGAAUAAGUUGAGAACGUUGAGGAGAUCUAUCAAGGACUUGGAGAGUUCCAGGAAACUGAAACCAGAAACACCAAGACAAUCUGCGUUUCAUAAAGAAGAAGAACAAGAAGAAAGGGAACAAGUUGAUUUAAGGCGUCAAAAGAGUCAUCAAAAAACGAAGGCUGAGCAAUGGAUGAUUGAUUAUGCUGUUCAACACAUAGUCACGAAACUGACUCCUGCUCGUAAGAAAAGAGUGUCGAUGCUUGUUGAAGCUUUUGAAGCUGUCAUUCCCCUUCCAGAAACUUGAAGCCAAAAGGUAUCUGAAUCUAACCAGUUUUGAAACAGAGUUUUGCAUACAUACAGAAAGUAUAUACACGUAGUCAUCCUUAUACAGUACGUAUAGAUUUGUCAAAUGAUUGUGUUUCUCGAUUUGUAUACAUACAUAUAUAGGUUUGUUAAUUUUAUUACAGUUAUGAUUUUCCAUGCA